CUGCCACAACACUCGUAGAGAAGCUCAAGAAAUUCUCACAGAGAAAAUUCCAAAAAAAAAAUAAAAAAUAAAGAAUCAGCGACGGAGAUUUUCUCCGGCCAAUCCAUGUCGGAAAAUGUGGUGAAUCUACCGGAUUCUUUGUAUGAGGACUAUAGUAAACUCAAGUUGACUUCGUCCCCGCCCUACGCUUCGUCAUCCUCAGCUCCUCCGCCGGGGCUGAACGUCGUAGCUCAGCCGACCGUAGAGAUGAUUCUCCAGUGGGUCUAUGAUCUUCAUAAACCAAACUUACCCAAGUUUGAUUUCGCGCUGCAUAAUCUCGCCUAUGAGGUUUUUGAAGCCUACAGACACCUCGUAGGACACAUCUCACUUCGAUUGUUCCCUCAUCCAUUGAAUCCACUUCGAGUGUACAAUGUUUUGCUUUUGUUCCAGAGCAUGGCUUAUCACCCAGACACAAGCCGUCGGUUUCUUAGGGCUAAGAUGCCAAACUAUUUCUAUCCUUUGAUGGACCUUGGUCUCAUCGAUAAGCGUCAUGAAUGCUUGAGGCUUGCUGCAUUGGGUGUCAUUGCUCAUAUGUUGAAGGCGUCUGAAGAUGGAGCUGUUAGUCGUUACCUAAUGGAAAGUGGUGCUGUAGGUUUUUGCGCUAAACCCGUUGAGUUUGGCUCUGUAGAAACAAAAACUGUUGCUGUAUACAUACUUGACAAGAUUAUGUCGACUGAUGAGGGGCUUCAUUACUGCUGCGUCUUGGCUGAUCGACCUUCUUCCUGCUUGUUCAACCUUGUUAUCGGUUGCUACGUCAAGCUCUCCCAGAAAUCCAGGGCUCGUGACGGAAUAAGGCGAUACACGCCUUUCUUGCUGUUUGACGGCACCUUUGCAAGAUUAUAUGCUGAGGACCCUGUCGCUGAUAACAAUCGGAUUCAGCUGAUUCAGAAUCUGGAAAACUAAAGCAAUGAAGUACCAGAGACACUGUUUUCAAUGAGGAAAUGAAAACGAAGCGAUACACAACCCCCACAGAGAACAGGUUUACUACGCCUACGCGUAACGCUAAGUAACAAUUUACUUAAGACAUAAAAACUAUGAACUAUUUUUAUGUUGUUGUUUGGUUUAAUAUCUUUUGGAUGACUCUUAUUACUCUCUCAACAUUGUUCUCUCUCUUUUGGGAUACAUUUCAAUGCAUUUUCUAUCUUUUUUCAAGUAGGUUAAUUUUUGCUUAAUUUGCAACUUGAUUGAUGAUUGAUACUGCAAAUGAAUACUAUUACCAUGA